UGAGAUGGACGCGCGUGCUGAGUGAACGAAUCGGAUAUAAUAUUUCGACUCGAGUUUAGUGAUUCUCGCAAUCACUAUGAGCGAAUACAUUCAUAGAUAAAAAAUCUUUAUCAUUAUAUUUGUUAUUUUGCACAUAGUGAAUGGACUUAGUGAGGUGUGUUGUUAUCGAGUGCUUUGUUUUUUUUUUUUCGGAUUGCAUUCGUUUUGUUUCCAGAGACGCGAGCGAGGGCGUGCUUGCUCCCGGCCGUAUUGCCAAUAGUCCUGCCGUUUUCACUGCCAGGCGCGAGCGGCCGUUGCCAGACGCGGUGAGCCGUGCCAGCCCCGAAAUUUAUAACCGGAAGUGACGAAAUGGGAGGAUGGCAGCUGAUUUUCGUGGCCCUCCUGGGCCUGGCGACAGCACAAGGCCCCGAGAAACGACGGACCGGUAACGUUUGCAACGUCGACAUGGACUGUCCGGAUAACGCUUUCUGCAGACUGAACAGUUACUGCGUCUGCAAGGAAGGGUACGUGUAUGCAGCUAUCAACAGCACUAACAAAGGAUGCCUCAAAGAGGCCCGCAACGGGGAGGCGUGUGUCCAAAACAUUCAGUGUCACAUGACAAUGGGUGUUCACUCUGAAUGUACCGGAGGUAGCUGCGCGUGUGCUCCAACAGCUCAUCUAGACGGGGAACGAUGUUACGAGACUGCAUUAAUUGGUGAAAGAUGUGUGGUCGAUCAGAACUGCUACCUCGGCGAGCAAGGCAUCGAAAGACAAGCAUUCUGCGUACGAGGUUACUGUACAUGUCAAUUGCAGUUCAGCCCUAGGGACAAUGGAACAAGAUGCGUUAGAGACGCAGCUCUUGGCGAAGAAUGCGAGGAUCAGUUGCAAUGCGCCGGACCUGGUUUGGAGUGCAGGGGUACUUGCAGAUGCAGGGAUAAUUGGGUGGCCAACAACCACACCAACUCUUGCGUUGAAUCCGUCAAAGCACUGAACGAACCGUGCGAAUUCGACAUACAGUGCGACUCGUUGGCCGGCGUUCCCGGCGUGCCGUCGCCCGGGGCAGCCCUGUGCCUCGGCGGGACCUGCUCGUGCUCUUACAACGCACGUCCGGUCGGGAACCCGCCGCGGUGCUGGCACAGGAGACGCCCGGGACAAGACUGCAGGAGAGAUGAGGAAUGCGUUUCUGAGGAAGACGAACCCGGUUAUUGUUUGAACGGGCGGUGCACUUGCAAAACCUGUUCUCCUGACGCGCGGGACUUUAGUGGCGCGACGGUUUCCCGCCAAUCGAUGUUCGCGUCGGCCGUCGUGUUGUUCGCCGCCAUUUUGGGAUGAUAGCCGCCAUUUUGUCAUGUUCCUGUUAUUUUAAUACAGAAAAUUUCGAAAAGUCAUACAAAGUCAUCUGUGCCUUUAUUAAGAACGCGGAUACCUAAGUAUUUAGUGUAUCGAGGCUUUUUAUCGAGAAAAUACGAAUCAUCGUUUUGAUUAGUAUAAGAAUUCAAAUAGUUGUAAAGACAAAUGAAACGAGAAUGAACUGUUUGAAAACAGACAUUUAUUUUUACAGUAUAUAUUGAUGCAAAUAUCGAAAAAUAUUUAAUAUACAUAUCUACUUAAUGUUAUAAAAUUAAAUGUAAUAUUUACAGAUCUUUGUGCCUUUUCCCGUGGCAAAUAAGUUUGAGAAUUGUGUAGAUUUUCAUUUAAAUUAAAUAAUAUUAUAUUUAUGCACAAGUUAAUUGUUAAGUUGUUAAAUAUGUUGGUAGUUUAUAUAAAGAUUUGUAUAUAAAUUGUUGGUUGUUGUAUAAAUCUAAGUUUUAGGCUUUUAUUUCAGAAACAGUAUUUUGUGAGUGCAAUUUUUUUUUAAAUAUCUAGUAUUCAUAUAUUAUUUAUUUUGUUCGUAUGAGUAGUGUUUAUGCCAAAGAAGUGUACACAAAACGUUAUAAAAAAUGUAAAUAGAAUACAAUAAACUAUUCUAAACAGA